AUGUCUGCUUCCAACUCGAGUUACAAUAUCUCUAAAGAAUCCAAUCUUAGGAGAUGUGCUGCAUGCAAAUAUCUACGGAGAAGAUGCUCUCAAGAUUGUGUUUUAUCUCCUUACUUCCCUCCAUCAAAUCCUCAGAGAUUUGCUUGUGUUCAUAGGAUUUUUGGGGCUAGCAAUGUCACUAGAAUGCUUCAGCAACUCCCUGCUCAUCUGCGAGCUCAAGCAGCGGAUGCAAUCUCAUCGGAGGCAUACUGGCGAGUGAAUGACCCUGUUUAUGGGAGUGUAGGGAUCAUAGCGAGGCUGCAUGAGGAUAUCUACAUGCACCAACACGAGCUUGCUCUGACUCGAGCUCAGAUUGCCAUGCACGCUGCUCAGCAUCAAUAUCAGGUUAACUCUGACCAUCCACCUGAGAUUCAGACCCAGACUCAGCAGUUGGAUUCGCUUGCUCUUCAAACUCAGACUCAGAUCCAGACUCAGCAGUUGGAUUCACUUGCUAUUCAGACUCAGCAUCGGUAUCAGGUUACCUCUGGCCAUCCACCUAAGAUCCAGACCCAAACUCAGCAGUUGGAUUCACUUGUUCUCCAGACUCAAGAGUCGAAUCCAGACUCAGCAGUUGGAUUCACUUGCUAUUCAGACUCAGACCCAGACCCGUUCCCGGCAAUUGGAUUCACUUGCUAGGAUUGACGAGAGAAAUGUUGACGACUUCUCAAAUCUUCCCGAGUUCUUGUAAGACUUUUGCACUAGCGAUUUUCAUUCUUAAGCAUGGGACAAUUAAAUAAAUAGAGCGAGUCAUCAUUCCGUAGUGUAAGAUUUACCCAACUGAGCUCCUACUUUGUUUUGAUGGAAAUAAAUCACAAAGGAAUUGCCCUUUUAACGUAAGGAAUAAAUUUGUCUUUCUGCUCAUCUCCAUAAAUCAACUGUUAACCUAAU